GCUUCCUAGGAAGGAAUCCUGGGCAGCAGUGUUAGUUGAGCACUUCCUGUGUGCCAGGCAUGUGGCUGCUCGCUCUCCAUACAGUUGCAUAGGAGCAGGAUAUUUUAGGGAGUAGCUGCCGUGAUUCUCCUCACGUUGCAGACGGAGACUCUGAGUCUGUGGGUGCACAGCUGGCAGAUUAUCACAGUUGAAUUCAUUUACCUCUGAAGUCGGGUACCCAUCAUGGUGACAGACCAUGUGGGGAGAGUGUGCAUGUUAAUAGAAAGUGGGGGGUCGGGGUGGGGAAGAGAGUGAGCCUUUCUCUGUGAUCACCUUAAGGGAAGAGGACAGGUACCAAAUGCAGAGAGAGGAGCCACUGCACACCAGCAAGUAUAGGUGUGCAGACCUGUGUAAAUGUGGACUGCACUAAGAAUAUUUUGAUGUUUUUAGACAUUUCAAUUGUAGGAGACUGUUGGUUCUUACCUUGUCAUCGUUUCCUUCUGGCAUGGACCAUAUGACCUUGUAUAAGUUAUUUAGUCUCCCUACGCCUCAAACCUCAGGUCCCCUGUCUGGAUUCAAGGGAUAAUACUAGUACCCAGCUCAUAACCUUGGGUUACUUAGAACAGUGCCUGGCUGGUAGCAUAAGUGUCUUUCAUUAUGAGUAAAGAGCAAAUUCCUCAGGGCCUGGCCUGCUGCAGUAUAUUUUUUUUUAUCAUAGGAAAGCCGUUUGGAAUGCUAUUGCAACAUGAGGACCUUAGUGAUAGUGGCAGAACUGCACAUAACCUUGUAUGGAGAAUGAAGCUGCAGGUGACUCCCACAAGGAUUACAGAGAAGAAGAAUUUGUAAACUGAGAUCUCAGGCGAUGGCUGUGGCCCUGGGUUGUGCAAUCCAGGCCUCCUUGAAUCAGGGCUCUGUGCUUCAAGAGUAUGACACUGAUUGCGAAGUCUUCCGGCAGCGCUUCAGGCAGUUCCAGUAUAGAGAAGCAGCCAGUCCUCAUGAAGCUUUCAACAAACUCUGGGAGCUUUGCUGUCAAUGGCUGAAGCCAAAGAUGCGUUCCAAGGAACAGAUCCUGGAGUUGCUCGUGUUGGAGCAGUUUCUAACCAUUUUGCCCACGGAGAUAGAGACCUGGGUGAGGGAACACUGCCCCGAGAAUAGAGAAAGAGUUGUGUCACUGAUAGAAGACUUACAGAGAGAACUUGAGAUACCAGAGCCACAGGUGGACAUGCAUGACAUGCUUUUGGAAGAACUGACACCAGUGGGAAUGGAACAUAUGCCACCAAAUGUGCACCUGGAGUCACCUGAGCUCCAGGUAAUGGCACCUGUCCAGGAGGCCUCUGUGGCAGAGCCCUGGAUCCCACAGGCAGGACCUCAGGAGCUGAAUUACGGUGCUGCUGGAGAAUGCCAGCCCUUUCUGGACCCUGGAUAUCCAUUACCAAAGCUUGAUGUGAACUUCCCAUUGGAGCAGAGAGAAGAACCAUGGAUUAAGGAACUACAGGAUUCCAAAGAAAUGAAGCAAUUACUUGAUUCCAAGAUAGGUUUUGAGAUUGGGUUAGAAAAUGAAGAAGAUACUUCAAAACAGAAAAAACUGGAGAACAUGUAUCCAUUUAUUGUAACUUUAGAGGGGAAUGCCCUCCAUGGUCCCAUUGUGCAAAAAGAAUAUGCACAGUUAGAAAAUCAAUGGGAACCCCCUCCAGAGGACUUACAGCCAGAUUUAACAAAACUUGUAGAUCACCAGACCCCCACUCUAGGAGAGACAACUGAGAGCUCCAACUUGGAAGAACCUCUCAACUCUAAACCCCAUAAGAAAAAGAAUCCAGGAGAGAAACCUCAUCGAUGCCCACAGUGUGGAAAAUGCUUUGCUCGGAAGUCUCAACUUACUGGGCAUCAGAGAAUUCAUUCGGGAGAGGAACCUCAUAAAUGCCCUGAAUGUGGGAAAAGAUUCCUCCGUAGUUCAGACCUUUAUCGACACCAACGACUUCAUACGGGGGAGAGGCCCUAUGAGUGCACCGUGUGUAAAAAGCGAUUCACUCGGAGGUCACACCUUAUUGGGCACCAGAGAACCCAUUCUGAAGAAGAAACAUAUAAAUGCCUUGAGUGUGGGAAAAGUUUCUGUCAUGGAUCAAGUCUUAAAAGACAUCUGAAAACCCAUACAGGUGAAAAACCUCAUAGAUGUCCUAAUUGUGGGAAAAGUUUUAGUCGAUUGACAGCACUUACUUUGCAUCAGAGAACACACACUGAAGAGAGACCUUUCAAAUGCAAUUAUUGUGGGAAAAGCUUUAGACAGAGACCAAGCCUGGUUAUUCAUUUAAGAAUCCAUACUGGGGAGAAGCCUUACAAGUGUAGCCAUUGUUCAAAAAGCUUCAGACAGAGAGCAGGCCUUAUUAUGCACCAAGUCACUCACUUUAGAGGACUUCUUUAAGAAUUGUUAAGGGAAACAGAUCCUACAGAAGUUGACACUAACUCAAAAGCAUCUUAACCUGUAGCAGCCUAUUUGUCUUGGAAGAACCUCUUUGGGCUUAUAACAAUUUUUUGUUUGCUAUUUUUAAAAACCCAUCUUCCAAGGCAUAUGAGUUCUUAUAUUUGAUUUAUGCUGUCUCCAAAACUCUUUUUUUAAAUUACAAUGAAAAACCUUGUGUUCAAAACAACCAUAAAUGAUGACAAUCCUUAGAUACCAUUGUUAUCUGACACCUUUAUUACAGCAGUACCAUAAUUAUCUUACUGCAUCUUAUUAAAGAUAAUUAUAUUAGAUCAGAUCUUUAAAUGUCCCCCAGGUGACAAUAAAGGAGACAGUGAAUUUUGUCAAAUAGUAAAGGUGUGUCAGGAACACAAGGAUGAAGAAUGUAUGUAAUUUGGUAGGAUCUGAAUUACUUCCAUUGAAACUUUUUUUAUGUUUAAGAAAAUUAAUAUUUUUAACCUUUAUUUUUCAGUUUUAUAAAGUUUUCUAGUCUGUUUGGAACAGUAUUGAUUUGGUAAUUGAUUUUGUUCACAGAAUAAGUAAGAUCUCUUUGUGGAAGAAUAUAUUUGACAAUUUAAAUUGUACAAGUACAAUCUAAUUUCAUUUAGGUUCCCUGAAGAAUCAGCAUGCACUGCUUUUCACUCUUCUUUUGUUAUUCAAUGCUUUUUCAUUUUUACUCAUUCUUUAAGUCUGUGUCUCCCUAAGUACGCAUCGUAGAACAUAUAGUUCUUUAAGAUAAUUUUAUAAAUAAUGUUAGGAAUCGCUGCCUGCUGUUUCCCCUACCUAGAUCCAUAGUGUAUAUCACCAUUUGAGAAUAUCUGUGAGGUCCUCUAGUAAAGGAGGGAAAUGCAUCUCUUUUGACUCAUUGUUUCCAAAAUCCACUUGGCCCCAGAACUUUUUUCAUAUGCAUCCAAUAAUAGUCCACAGAACUAGUAUUCUUCAGAUAUCCCUUGGAACACACUGCCUUAAGCAAAUAUUUCUAUAACUCUCAAUAUAUUCCUAUUAAUUCCCAAGCCUAGUUAUCUCCAGGUGUUUCAAGGGUAUUAUGAAACAUUUUUUAACCAUGUAUGUCUUUUGCGUAAUACACCCACAUGCAAACACACACACACAUAUACA